UUGUUGUUGUUGUUUCAGAUCUACGUCGGAACACUAAGUAUGUGUCCUAUCACACCUACAUUGUAUAUUUACCUAAAGGACCUGAACUGGCAUAUUGCCUUUUUAAAGUGGAACUUUUGGUGGUAUAAAACCGGUCCAAGUUGCAGCCCACUCAAUUUUAGUCACAGACGUUCGCUUUGAAAGUGAGGAGAAAUCAUCCAUCAUGUUCUUUGUGCUGAAGUUCUUGCUUGUUCUUUUUCUGAGUUCUUUCUUUCUAGCGGAGCAAGUUCACGGGGACAGACACCACAAAGAACAAAAAGCCAAAAGGACCAAUAACCUGUAUACCGAGGCCUUGUCAAGACUACAGUAUCUGAGGGUUCUCAAACAACAUCCGGACUACCACAACAACCUGUCUACAAGUCUCCUUUCAGCUGUAGAUCAAUUUCACUUUUCAGAUUUCCUCAGUUUUAUUGACAGUUCUGCGAACGAGCGAAAGGAAAAUGAACAAUCGAUUCAAGAUAGUGAUCACUUUGGUGAUCAACAAACAAGGCGAAUUGUACGAAGAGAGAGCUCUGUGAAGAUAAAAGAUGCGUUAGGUGAUGAUGCAACAACGGACACAGGAUUCCGCUCUAACAAUGGGACAGAGGAGAAAGAAAGGGGAGAUGUUUUCAGAAACGAUUCUGCAGCUUGUUUUCAGGAUGUGGCCCGAACCAUUCAAGCAUUUAACGACGGAGAAUCAUGGGCGGUUGAAAUGCUUGACGCGUGGGGCAAGCCUGGCCCCUCCCUCAAAAGGGGGAGUUUCCAGUUUGUGGGUAACUACGACCAGUGUAGAGACGCCAGGGCCCCGCCCCUUCCGGGAGGAGAAAGGCAAGGCUUUUACGGCCGUUAUUGUGUUCUCCGUCUGAACUAUGGACAAGAGUCUCCAACGCCCAAACAGUACUUGCAGAUUGGCAGCUGUAUACCAGACACGUGCAAAGAGCAGGAACUCACGCAACUCGUCGCAAAGGCCCUGGAGAUGGUCAACAUGACGUCACAACUGUCCCCCGGUCCCAUGGAGUGCCGAGAUGACCACAGGGGAGGCUCAACCUUCACCACUCUGGCCGCGAUAUUCUUCUCAAUUAUUGGCGCACUGAUGAUCGCGGGCACCGUAGUUGACGUCGUUUUCGUCCAGUGGCCGGCCUGGGAGGCUGAGAGAGUCAAGUCACGUGGUCUCCCCCACGAGGAAAGCACGCCGUUUGAAGGACAUGAACCCAUAAUGUUGGGACAGGACAAACCAGGACAAGAGGGCCGGGCGGGGGAGACAACUGCUCUCUUGGGGCGAACCUUGAACUAUGUACCACCGAGUCCAUUGUGGGAAAUCAUCCUGCAGGUCCUGCGCUCCUUCUCCGUCUACUCCAACGCCCUGAAAAUCCUGUCUACCAAAGAGGCCCCAGGCGCCAUCGGCUGUAUUCAUGGACUCCGCUUCUUCAGCAUGACCUGGGUCACCCUGCUUCAUCUUUACAUGUUCAUUUGGGGUUUUCUAGCCAAUCCUCAAAGACUGUUGGCAAUGGCAGACCGCUGGACUUUCGACACCGUCUCCAACAGUGCUUUUUCUGUAGACACAUUUUUCACUCUAGGGGGUUUCCUCGUGUCGUACCUCAAGCUGAAACCGUGGAUGGAGAAAGGAAGGAGCGUCAACUGGCGUCUGUUCUACUUUCAUCGUAUCUGGAGGCUGACACCCCCGUACAUGCUGAGCCUCGUCUUCUUCACUGGCUUUACCAAGUUCUUCGGCUCCGGCGCGACUUGGCCCAAUACAAUGCCUGCAGAUGAAUGUAUGGGGCAGAGCUGGUACCUGGCUAAUGACAUGCAGUUCUACUUGGUCAGCCCUCUCCUGUUUGUUCCAUUAUACUACAAUAUGUACGCAGGCCUAGCAGUGUGUGGGACGGUUCUGUUGUCCAGCUGGAUAGUGACUGGUGUCCUCAGCUCAGACAAAGAUUGGAUAGCCUCGGAAUUUGCCAUGACGUUCACUAACCCACAACUGGAGAGAUUUACAGACUACUACAUAGCUCCCUACACCAGAGUAGGACCCUUCGUCAUUGGGAUUUUGGCCGGCUACCUCAUGGCGCGACACGGCGGCCAGAUCGCCAUGAAGUGGUACGUGGUGGUCAUUGGCUGGGCCGUUGCCGUGGCAACUGGCCUCGCGGUUAUUUAUGGUAUCCAUGACGACAUAACUGCUGAGGACCCCAGCUCUACAGAAGUUGCUGCUCUCUACAACACUAUGGCCAGGUCGGCGUGGUCUGUCGCCAUCAGCUGGGUCGUCAUUGCCUGUGCUUCUGGAUACGGAGGUCCUGUGAACUGGCUCCUGUCGUGGAAACCGUUGAUCGUGCUGAGUCGUCUGUCCUAUCUCUGCUACCUGAUCCACCCGUACAUCAUGUACAUCUACUUCGGCAACCAUGGAGAUGCCUUCAUGUUCAACGACUCCAACAUGAUAGUUAGCUUUGUGGGCCUGUUGGGUAUCUCGUGUAUGUGCGCCUUCCUUCUUCAUCUGGCCGUGGAGACGCCGAUGGUGGAGCUGGAGAAGACUUUUCUCAAGAAGCAUUGAUGCUGUUGGGACAUCGGUGGAUUGUGUUUUUUUGUGGGCGGGGGCGGGGGUAAUUUCUCUGAGUUUAUAGGAGAUAAUACUGAUUGUUUCGUGGUUUUUUAAUGCUUUGUUUCUUGUUUUUCUUAUUGUUUUGUUUUGUUUUUGUUUUGUUUUG